AUGGCGAUCAAGCACAACCAACAGCUCCCAAACAACCACUUCCACAAGGAUUGGCAGCGCCGCGUCCGCGUGCACUUUGACCAGCCCGGCCGCAAGUCUCGACGCCGAGCCACUCGCCUUGCGAAAGCCGCUGCAGUUGCCCCCAGACCUGUCGACAAACUCAGACCGGUGGUGAGGUGUCCUACGAUCAAGUACAAUCGCCGCGCCAGGGCCGGUCGGGGUUUUACAUUGACGGAAUUGAAGGAAGCAGGCAUCCCCCGCAAACUUGCCCCUACGAUCGGUAUCGCCGUCGACGCCCGCCGCCUGGACACCAACCAAGAGACACUCUCGCUGAACGUGUCGCGCCUGAAGGCCUACAAGGCCAGGCUGAUCCUGUUCCCGCGCAAGAGUGGCCAGCACAAGAAGCUCGACUCAUCUGAGGCCGACGUCAAGAUGGCGACCGAGUCGGCGGAGAAGAAGGACGGCAAGCUCGCGACCACUGUCCAGGGCGUGAUGGCUAUUGACGCCGGCGUCGGCAUCAAACACGGCUUCCAGGAGAUCAAGAAGGGAGACAUGCCCGCGGGCGAGGAGGCCGCGUACCGCAAGCUGAGGAACGCGAGGAGCGAGGCCAGGUUCGUCGGCGUGCGUGCGAAGAGAGCCAAGGCCAAGGAGGAGGCCGAGGAGGCCAAGAAGAAAUAA